CAGCGGGAGGUGAACACUGUCCUUCCCUGGCUCUGCUUAAAGUGGAGCCUAGCUCAUUCCCCGCUCCAACACAGCGCCUGAUGAGAGCGGCGGACCUCACUCCCAUUUGCAAGGCCGAAGUGAGCGGCCCCUCGCUCCAUGCUCUCACCGGCGGCGUCUCCCAGCUCCCCCCAGCCUGACGCUCAACUGGUCGAGGGCCAAGCAGGUCAGUGAGUCCGGGGUCGUGGGCAGUGACCGCAGUAUGGAGAAGAGUUUACAUGUGUGUUGCUCACGGCCGGCCGGCGCUAGGCUGCCUCUCCCUGAGCUGGAGUGCUCCAGAGCGGCAGUGGGGACGUGCCCCUCGGAGCUGCCCCUCUCCUGCAGAGUGCCGCCGCUCCUCAAUACUUUCCUCAAGAAGAAACACGCGCAGAGGAAGUUGGAGGUGAGGAAUCUCCGAGCGCUGGGGUUAAUCCUCACCAGCUUGUUACGGUCGGACAAACUGAGCGACGGGGUGUUCCUGUGCGGCAGCUGUGUGGAAAAUCGGACCGGUUUGUUUGAACCUUUGAAAAAGGAUUCGAAGGAAACUCGAGCGUGCCCGAUGUCAGGAAAUGAUGUUUCCACACUGAUGCCAUCUGCGGGAAGUCCUGGCCAGAUGCAGCCGCUGCCGCCACUGGAACACGAUGGCCAGGAAACUGGGCUCCCAGCUGAUCGAUCCUUUGCCACAGAAGCAUCAGCUAUUAUCUCCACGGCUGCAAACUUGCUGUUCCAGAACCCAACUUGCUAUUCCGCCCAAGAUGCUAUCACCACGGAGCGCUGUAACAACACAGCCCAGCCGCAUGUCAACAACUUCUGUCAGAGCUCCCCCUCUCACGACCUACUGCCCAAUGUGAAGGCCGAGAAAGAUGUAAAGACUGGCAUUUUUCAGGAUAAGAGCGAGGAGGCAUCCAUUGACCUUGUCUUUGAUCUUUUGACUCAGUUACAGUAUCACACCCAUCAGGAAGAUGGAAUAGAGAUAUGUGAUGAAUUUUUGCAGGGGAUUUGUGUUUAUGGGAAUGACUGUCUGAAACAUCACACAGUUCUACCUUAUCACUGGCAGCUGAGAAAUAUAGGAACUCAGACUUGGCAGGCCCUGUCUGACGAUGCACAAGAACAUUUAGAAAGACUGUACUGCAAUCCUGAAAAUGACCAAGUCAAACUUCAAUACCAGGGUCGUGUUUUCUCACUGGAUUUUAACUUGAUGACAGUUUAUGAUGCAGAAUUCAACCAAGUGAGGAGAUUGUCCACUGUUUCCUUGGCAAGUUCCAACUCUCAAUUCCACACAGUUUGGAAGUACUAUUGCAGGGAACACUUUGGCUGGAGAGAGUAUUCUGAGGCCGUCGUUCAGUGUAUUGAGGAAGCCUCAUCCCGCGGAAUGAGUGAGAUCUGCUUCGUUAUGCAGCAAAAUAGAUAUAUUCUGAAUUUAAUGGAGGGCUUUCAGCAGAAUGCUGUAUUUGGCACUCGGCAACGAAUCACUCGGCGACCCAUGUUUCGCUCUCGUGUACUGCUGUUACCUUGUUUACAGUAAGUUGAGCACUGAGUUUACUUGACAGAA